AUGUUGUUGGUGUAUUGUGGCAUGAUAUGGAUUGAUGUGAAUGGUAGGAACUGGCAUAUGAUAUUGGUUUAUGGGGAUAUUAGUUCUAAUAUGUACAUUCAUAGCAAUGUAAACAUGAGUGUUUGCUUUUCUAUUAGUCAGUCUACAAUAAAUGCUAUUGUCCUGAAAGGUCGAACUCCACUGCUGAUGAGCAGUAACAUUCAUGGACUUUGGUCCCGCGGAAUAUGCACUUCAUUUUCUUCAGGUUCAUUUCCUGGGGAGUCAGAGAUAAAUCAUGUUGAUCUUUCUGUUUGUACAAAAUUGUCUUGUUCUACUGUUAUGGGCCAAACAAUUAGAGGAGGUUUCCUUGGAUCAUCCUGCUCCAAGCAAGGGGGAAAUACUCGAUUCUUUAGUUCUGUAGUACCUCGGAAGAGGUAUCGUGAAAUUUCAUUGGCAUGCCAAGGUAUGAAUCUGAGGCUUCUGUUACCCAAACCAAAAAUGCGGCACAAAGUUAAGUUUAAUUUUGGUCCAGUAAGUUGGCCUCGGGGUUGUGCUUCAGUUGGCUUGAUUUUUGGAUUACUUGUAUGUAGUUCUAGUUCAGAGCCUGCUCAUGCCGAAUCACAUUCUGAAAAUGAAAAUAGGAAAGAUGACUGUGAUGAUUAUGAGUCAAAUGUUAAAUUCUCACAUGGGAAGAAAGUUUAUACUGACUAUUCCGUAAUUGGAAUACCAGGGGAUGGAAGAUGCUUAUUCCGCUCGGUUGCUCGUGGGGCGUGUUUGAGGUCCGGAAAGCCUCCUCCUAGCGACAGCAUCCAGAGAGAGCUGGCAGAUGAAUUACGAGCUAGAGUUGCUGAUGAGUUUAUCAAAAGAAGGGAAGAGACUGAAUGGUUUAUUGAAGGUGAUUUUGAUACAUAUAUAUCACAAAUAAGGAAGCCUCAUGUGUGGGGAGGUGAACCCGAAUUGUUCGUUGCAUCACAUGUUUUGCAGAUGCCUAUCACUGUAUACAUGUAUGAUAAGGAUGCUGGUGGCUUGAUAUCAAUUGCUGAGUAUGGCCAAGAAUACGGUAAAGAAAACCCAAUUAGAGUACUCUACCACGGGUUUGGUCAUUAUGAUGCCCUAGAUAUUCCUAUAAGGAAGGGUCCUAAGCCACGACUAUAG